UGUGUGUGUGUGUGUGUGUGCGUCUGUGUCUGUGUGUGUGUGUGUGUGUGUGUGUGUAUGUGUGUGGAGCAGGGUGUGGCGGCGGGCUGGAGAGAGAUCACCCGCAGUUAGUCUGGUAGGUGGCACGGGUCGCAGUGGUGGUGGGAGUGUGCUCUCUUCACCCACCCCUCCCUCCUCUCCCCGCUGCUCUCGCUCCCCUCUCUCCUUCCUCCCGCGGCUGGUCCUCCUCCUCCACCGCCACCGCCGCCGCCGCCUCGCCCUCACCACACCCAACACCGAGGACGACCUAGCUAAUCACAGUCUCACCGCGCCUCAAGAAUCGCUGUUACCUGUUGAGGCGGGUUACCUGGCUACCCGCAGCUACUCCUACCCCCUUCCUCCUCCUCCUCCUCCGCCGCAAGCCGAUCCCUCUCGCCCCCCGCUGGCACCUGUACUUCACCUGGUAAUUGGCUACAGGUGAAAGGUGUGACUCUGAGAGGUGACACGAAGGAGGAACUAAAGAAAACGAAGUAAAGAAAACAAGGAAAAGAACAGUGUCGGAUUCUGUGCCAGUCUGUGUUGAUCUUGUUGGUGUGUGUAUGUGUAUGGGACUUCCUCACGCACGCACAUACACACACACAUAUACGCACACACGUGUAUGUAUUUUGCAAGAAACCUACACACACACACACUUGCUAUGAUGUUGUGUAAAGACGUGUGCAAUUAAAGAGCGGCGUGAGAAACACACACACACACACACACACACACACACACACACACACACACACACACACACACACACACACACACCAUCACCUGUGCAACUCUGGAAAAAAGUACCCCAAAAAUCACCUCAGUGCCCCCUUUAAAAACACCUGUGGAGCGGAAUGCAAUUAACUCCAGGUGAUUGACAGGUGGCACGGGACAUCCACACACCUGUCCACCUCAUCCACAUCCACCUGGGCGAAGUGGAUGAGGUCUGAACACUGGCCCUCCACCACCCCCUCAUCCACCUCUCCACGCUGGGUGACUCAAUGAAGUGGAGAUUCACCCACCGCCACCCACUUGCUCUUCCUCCUCCUCCUCUUCCACCUAGGACUCCACCUCACCUAAAUCCACUCGAGGUCCUCGGAGUGGCCCCCUCCGCCUGAUGUUGGUGCCCCGGGCCGCCCCAGCCUGCGCCAUGCCCGCCGCCUCGCCCACCCGCCCCGCCCCGCGCCCCCUCACGCCCGCGCCCACCUACACGCACCACUACCACAUGUCGCCGCCCACGCCGGGCUACGGGCGGCCGCGCUUCAUGGGCCACCUCGCCGCCGCCCUCACGCAGCCCUCGCCGCCGGGGGUGUCCAGGUCCCGCUCGCCGCACCCCAGCCUGGGGCCCUACGAGCCCCCCGGCAUGCCCCUCCGCGCCCCGCCCCACGCCUUCCGCCCCCCCGGCGUGCACGGGUCGCUGGGCUCCCCGAAGCAGGCCGCGGUGUGCCCCGAGGCGCGCCCCCCCUACCCCACCCCUGACCUGCCCGACACCCACCCGCCGCCCUGGAGGUCGGACGUCCCCCCGCCGGCCUCGGACAUGCCCUUCGACCUAUCGACGCACAACCGCGAGCCGCGCAUGUCCCCCGCGUCGCGGCCGCUCGACCUGUCCGAGGCGGAGCAGCCGCUGGACCUGACGGUGAAGAAGCGGCCGCCGCUGCAGGACGAAAACAUGAACCUGCUGGUGGUGGAGCGGCGCACGCCCCCGCCCCCCGCGCUGCGACCCAUGGCGCCCUCGCCCAAGUACCUCUCCCCCGUGCACGACUACCGGCCCCCCAUGCCCCCCCACGACCUGGCGCCACCCCCCCUCGAGGCAGAGCCCCCCAAGACCAUGCACCUCGCGCCCCCCAGCACCGUGGUGGUGGGGCCACGCCCCCCGCCCAUCGUGACCUACGCGCCGCCCCUCCACCAGCCAGUCCACCAGCCCCUGCCCGUCUACUCCACCGAGUGCCACCGGCCCCUGCACCCCGGUCCCCCCGUGCGCUCACCCUACCCCGUCAUGGGCCUGCCCCACAACGCCUACCACCUGGGGCCCCCCGCGGGGUCCCCGCAGAUGGUGCAGGGCUUCCGUGGCCCCCCGCCAGGCCCGCACCCCCCCGGGCACCCGGCGCUGUACCAGGUGAUGGGGGACCGGCUGCCCAAGGGCGUGGGCGUGGGCGCGGCGCAGCACUCGGAGGUGCACGGCGUGGUGUCGGCGCGCCCCCGCGAGCGGUACUCGUGCAAGUUCUGCGGCAAGGUGUUCCCGCGCUCCGCCAACCUGACGCGGCACCUUCGCACGCACACGGGCGAGCAGCCGUACAAGUGCAAGUUCUGCGAGCGGUCGUUCAGCAUCUCGUCCAACCUGCAGCGGCACGUGCGGAACAUCCACAACAAGGAGAAGCCCUACAAGUGCCGCCUCUGCGAGCGCGCCUUCGGCCAGCAGACCAACCUCGACCGGCACAUGAAGAAGCACGAGUCGGACGGGCCCACCAUCCUGGACGGCAGCCCGCGGCGGUACACUGCGCCGCAGGAGUCAGACGACGCCCCGCAGACCCCCGCUAAGGCGCCGACCGACGCGCGGGAGGACCUGCAAGGCGGCGACGACGACGACGACGAGGACGAGUACAUCGACGUGGAGGAGGAAGACGACGACGAGGAGGAGGACCUCGGCGAGAAGGAGGGCGAGAAGAUCUCCUGCGAGGUGACCAUCAAGCCCUCCUCCCCCAUGGAGGUGGACGCCGCCCCGGGGGGGAUGCCGGCCCCCAUGGCGGUCAUGUCCGCGUGAUCAUAUGACCCCCUCCCUCCCUCCCCCUACAAAGUGUCUUAGUGGAACAAACUGAUGCACAUUCCGUCCGUCACUCUCUCCUACGUACAAACCGUCCGUGUUUACGUACAACGAACGUAUAACGAACACGCUCCAUGCGCCCAGUCCCUACCCACGCCCCCCAGGCCCCAGCACCAGGCUCCCCAGGGGCGACUCUCCCAUCCCCCCCUGCCCCUUUACUGACCCCCUGCCCCCUCCUGCUGUGUAGUACAAGUAGUGUAGCGAACCGAGGAAGCACGUGUAUGUACGCUGGAGGAUGUACACACACACACACACACACACACACACACACACACACACACACACACACACACACACACACACACACACACACACACACACACACACACACACUCCAGCGCCUUUGUUAUUAUUUCCACCGUCACAAAUAUUUACAACAUUUCUAACUAUAAAAAAAAAAACAAUUAACACAUUUUCGUCGUUAACUUCCUCGUAUUUUGUGGUAAUGAAUCGAUUUUUUUAUGAUGCUGUUUUUCAUUGAUAUUAUUGUUUGUAUCAUUAUUAUUAUUAUUAUCAUUAUUAUUAUUAUUAUUAUUAUUAUUAUUAUUAUUAUUAUUAUUAUUAUUACCAUUACCACCCUCACCUUAGCAGCAUACCUCCCCCUCACUCCCCUUCUUUCCCCCCUCACCCCCUGCCCCCUCCCCCUUCCCCUCCCCGGGUCUCAGCUAGUCAUAGGGAGAGAGAGAAAAUAACAAUGGUGCUAAACGUCUUCUAUUUUUUUUCCUUAGCAAUAAAUAAAUAAAAAAGAUAAUUAUUAAAGAUAUAUCGAAGAAAGACCCUUUAUUAUUAUUAUUAUUAUUAUUAUUAUUAUUAUUACUAUUAUUAUUACUAUUAUUAUCUCACCUCUAAGGCAUAAGAGAAAAAGAAUUAUAAAUAUUAUUUCUAUUAUUAUUAAAGUUAUGAUUGUACGUAUUAGGGUAGGGCUAAGCGUGUUUGUUUUGUUUGUUUAUACACACACAUACACACAUACACACGGACACACAUACACGUAUACAUACAUACAUUCAUACAAACGUACACACUUAGUUUGUAUCAAAAUAUAUGUGAAUUAUUUGAUA